GUGCUAGUUUCUAAAUCUCGUUUGGCCUUUUCGGGGAAUAUGCAUGAACUGCUUACUCAACUCUGGCUGUUGUUUAGAAUUAUUGUCGUCUAGCCAUCGGGUUGUAUUGGUAGCGGGAUGGUUUUUCAAUUUCAUUAUUCAGUGGAUAACAAUCAUCAUUUUCCCUCCUCAAUUGGUCUUCUGAAGUAGCUUCUGCGUUUGAUUUUAGCACUGUUCUCAGGGUUUCUAAUCAAUAAGAGCAUUACUUGUUGGAAUACUAGACUGACAAGCCUUGCUUUUGGUUUCUUUGAUAAAACAAUGCUCGUUAUUUGCUGAAUACUCUUGAAGUUCUAGCAUUGGAACAAUUGUGAUGCAAGAUCAAUCAAGGACAUUUGUCGUUUUAUAAUUUUUAACCCAGUAAUCUGCUAGAUGGAUGAGAAGGUUCUCUCAUUUCAUGCUCGCAAGGAUGGUAUAUGAAGCAUGAUGACACUUGAAGACUUCUUCACCUUGACUGAAAUUAAAAAUGGGCUUACAGCCCCAUGUAGAGUUGAAGAGUUGAUUAAUGUUAUGCAAAAGGAGAAAGAUUGUUUUGUGAAGAAUGUUAGUGAUGCAACCAGGCACUGGGCUGCAGUUGCUGGUGCUAUUACUGCUACGGAGAAUAAAGAUUGUCUUGAUCUUUUUAUCCAAUUAGAUGGACUGAGCUUUAUUCAAAGAUGGCUUAAGGAUGCUCAAAAGUUCAGGAACGAUACAAAUGAUAGCACUGUGGAAGAAUCUAUCAUUGUUUUGUUGCAAGCACUUAAAAAGCUUCAUAUAACUGCUGAGAAAUCUAUUUCUUCUGGGAUUUUAUUUACUGUCAAGGGUCUUUAUGAAAAUAGUGACCAUGGAAAGUCUAGAUUCGGGAAGGAAUUAAGUGUACUCCUUGACAGGUGGAUGCAGGAGAUAAAUGAUAAAGAUUUGCUCCAUGAUGCAGAAAAUGUUGGUGUACAUUUUGAUGAUGCCUCAAAUCUUUCUCACGGUGCAGGAAGGUCAUCUGCUCCGGGAGGAUCUGUUCCAAGAGAAUUAUCCAGUGAUGGAAAACUAGCAGUAGAACCUGUUAGAGGCAAAAUAUUAUCCUCUGAGAGCUCUGAUGCUCUUCACCCAGAUAAGAUUAAAGAUUCAAAUGUCCAAUCUCCAAGAAACGAGCUUGACUCUCAUUCAAUAUCUGGAAAUUCUGUUGUGAAAGAUAGAUCUCCAGAUUUAACAACAAACGCAGCUGCCGUGUCAGUUCCAAUGGAGGAUGUUUCAAAGAAGGAAGAAACAUCUCUAUGUUCUGUUGGUGGAGGAACCUCGGCUGCUAUGGCUUGUAGCUCUCCAGUUGCAAGGGAAGGCAGUGAUAAUGAACAGUUAGAUGGCUCAAAGAAGUUGAAUGAGUUGCCAGAGCUUGACAGCCAAGUGCACAAGAUUGAUGGCUCCUCUGGUAGGUCAUGUGUGACAGAAAAAUCAGAUAACUCUACUCAUUCUCCCAUGCAGGAUCUGGGAUCUGUCAUGGAAGGUUUUGAUGCUGCAAAUGGUGAAGAGUCUGCUAAAGAAGCUUCAGCUCAGCAAGAUAAUGAUGGUCUUGACAAUGCUGGUGUUUCUCGACAUAGUUCUAGUCUAGAUAGUGAGAGAGUUACCACAUUGGAUUCUGAAAAUGGGAAAUCAGAUAAAAAGACAAAUUAUUCUAGCAUGCCUGUUUUCAAAUCUGCAGGCCUAGAUGCUGAGCACUAUCGAAAUACUCUGCGGGAUUUGUCUCUGAGUGGCAGUCGAAUAGGAAAACAUGAAGAUCGUGGGGCUUCUUUUUCGAGGAUGGAAGACUUUGGUCAAGUUAAUGGCGAAAGACAGCCUCGGAGAAAGGAAGAUGAUGAUGUAAUGACUGAUUCUGAAUUCUCCAAACCGAAAUUAAAUCCCAAAACUUCAAAUAUAAAGAAUAGUAAGUCAGACAUGGAACUUGAGUAUGGUAUAGUAGAUGCUCUGGAGGUUGCUCGGCAAGUAGCUCAAGAAGUUGAAAGAGAAGUGGUGGAAUAUAGAGAGCCAUCCUGCAGCUCGUCUUCUGAUAAAAUUUCUGAUGGUGGAAUCAGGCAGCUGGGUAAACUAGACACCAUUACAGAAAAACAGGACCUUCCGGCUGAUCACCAGGGAACGGAGGUCCAAUCUGCAAAAAGUCAUGUUGCUGAAUCAUAUUCUGAUGCGGAGACAUGUUUGACGCAUCCAGAUAAUGUAGAUACUCAACCUGAAAAUUUAAAUGAAAUGGAAUCCUCCCUGGUCACUGAAGCAGCUCAAGGGGCAGAUACAAGUACAGAAAAAGGAUUUUGUGAAUUUGAUCUAAACCAAGACGCAUUUAAUGAUGAUGCAGAGCAGUUAGUAACUCCAGUGUCUUUACCGGUAUCUGUUAUUUCUGUUUCUAGACCAGCUGCUCCUUCUGGAUUGCCUCUAACACCUUUGCAGUUUGAAGGGGCACUUGGAUGGAGAGGCUCUGCAGCCACUAGUGCUUUCCGCCCUGCUUCCCCUCGUAAAGUUCCUGAUAGUGAUAGGACUCUUUCUAGUGGGGGAAAUUCUGAUAGUUCAAAGCAGAGGCCGGACUUUCUUGACAUUGAUUUGAACGUGGCUGAGACUGGAGAUGAAACCAGGAAACAAAACCAGGGAUCAUCUUUCCCACAAUCCAGAGAGUUAUUGAUUGAAAGUGGACAAAGAAGAUCUGGGGGACUAAAGCUGGACCUUAACUGUGUUGGUGAGGAUGUUGAUGCUCCAGCAUCAGAUUUGAGGAUGGAGGGACACUUUAACAAUCAGAAUAGCUACAGUGCCUCUCCUGCCUGCUCUUCUUCAUCGCUGCAACCUUUGGUAAGAAAUAUUGAUUUGAAUGAUAGGCCAUUUGUUCAAGGUGACGCUUCAGAUCAAGGUCCGGUUAAGUACUGUCAAAAUACAAGCGCUUAUGGAGGGUCUAAUAAAGAUGCUUCUGUCAUUUCCAUUAUGGGUACAAGGGUUGAAGUUAGUGGAAAAGAUUUUGCUCUUCGUGCUUCAUCUUUGCCAAACGGCAGAACUGUUGAGCCUGCUGGAAUAGGUGCUACUUUGGCAAGAACAGGAGAUAUAUUAGGGAUGGGUUCCGCAGUUCCUUACCACCAGACUCCUUUUAUUGGUUACAAUGGAUUGACACCACGGCCAACCAUUUCUUUCUCAACCAUGUAUGAACCUAGUGGUUCAAUUCCCUACAUGGUGGAUUCAAGAGGAGCUGCUGUUAUGCCUCAAAUUAUGGGUCCUAUGUCAGCUGUUCCGCCUUCCUCCUACUCUCACACUCCAUUUUUCAUGGGCAUGACAGAUUCACAGCUGACCCCCAAUGGCGUUGCUCAUUCACGUCCUAAAUUUGAUCUGAAUUCUGGAUUGAGUGAUUCUGGGGGUUUAAAGCAGUUUCUUUUCCCAGGUCAUCUCCGAUCCAUGGAAGAGCAGUUGAGACAACCUUCAAGUUCUGGAGUUGGUGCAAAAAGGAAAGAACCAGAUUGCCCUGAUGGUGGCUGGGAAGGGUAUGGAAACAGUAAUCAUUCCUCACAAGAUCCUGUUCUCCGCUUCAGACCUUUUCGUUAAUCCACAGAAGUAUACUGAUGAUCACUGCCAGAAAAUGAUUCAUACAAGGAGGCUGAACCCAUUAGCCUUAGUGUGGGAGUGGGUUUAAUUUAUGCCUAAAUAAAGCUAGGUAACUUGUGCUGUUAUAUGAUUCACGAGUUAAUUGUUGAGGAAAAAAUUAGGGGCGUCCUUUGUUUUUUUUUUGGUCUCAUAUUUUCUUUUCUUUUUGUUCCUUUUUAUCUCAUGGUGUUUUCAUAGAAAGGCCAUUGCAAAAAAAAAAAA